AUGAACAGUGAUCAAAGUCCUGGAAGUCCACUAGACUUAAGUGAUCGUGAACAGGCAGUUUUAAUGGAUCCCAUCGAUCAUGCCCGCGCCAGAUAUCCUUACUGUAUAGUUUGGACUCCCAUUCCUGUGCUAACAUGGAUAUUCCCGUUCCUUGGUCAUAUGGGUAUUUGCAUGUCAAAUGGCGUUAUUCGUGAUUUCGCCGGCCCAUAUUUUGUAUCAGAAGAUCUUAUGGCGUUUGGAAACCCCACUAAGUACUGGCAGUUGUCACCACAGAAGGCAACUAAUGGUCAGGCGGGGUGGGACGCGGCAGUAGCAGAGGCCUCAGAAAUAUAUAAAAAAAGAAUGCACAUAAUAUUCUAUGAUAACUGUCACUCACAUGUGGCCGCAGCACUCAACAUCAUGAACUACGGUGGCUGUAAGAACUGGAACAUGGUGAAGCUGGCUUUUUACAUGAUACCAUAUUCUAAAUAUGUCAGGUCAACUCCAUCUCAGUACUAA